AUAUUGCUAUGGUCUGGAGAUAAAAGGAAAAGUUUCCUCCGUUUUCUCUUCUCUGCUCUUUAUCCUGUCUCUUGAUGGAGCAGUCAGAGUGUAUGGUAUGACGACUGCUGCAUGUAACAGCCUAGACUGAUCUACCUUGGAAUCGUGCAUCUAGUCAAGCUGCUGAGAAUCACACUAGAAUUGCAGAGUGACGGAAAAUGUACCGGGGACAGCAUGUUCGAAUUCUUUUUACUGUGAGUCUGGCCUUGCAGGUCAUUCAUUAUGGGAAAGGCCGUGAAAAAGAGGAGCAUAAAGGUGAUGGAGAAAAUGUGCAUGCAACAGCCCAAAAGCAACAGCCAAAAAAUCAAGGCACUACUCUAAAUAUGUUUAAUGACAUGAAUCGGAGUGAUGAGAGCAGCAAGCAACAGAGUUCGAGGACUUUUGUACCUUUCACGGGGCUUACAGAUAGUAAAAAACUGAACAGGCAUUGUUGUCAAAAUGGAGGAACCUGUAUUCUGGGCAGUUUCUGUGCAUGCCCAAAACACUUCACUGGCAGAUAUUGUGAGCACGAUGAGCAGAAUAGCAACUGUGGCAGUGUUGCCCAUGGAGUCUGGGUGCAAAAGGGUUGUCGAUUCUGUCGAUGUGGCUAUGGGAUUCUGCACUGCCUUUCGGAAAUAAUGCAAGACAACUGUGAUCUAAAAAUAGAAGAGGAGGAAUUUCUCAGGUUACGUUCUAGUGGCUCGAGAUCACAGCAAACAAUGUGCUCUCUCAUUCUCCUACUCUGCUUCUUCACAUUGUUCUGCAGCAGGCUCCAUCAGCAGCUUUGAGACUGGCUCUAUGAAAGAGAAUUUAUUUAGGACUCAAAUCCCCUCAGUUUGAAUCAAACAGAGUUUUGCCCAUUGACAAAACCGUUUUUCUAACAGACUGAAGGACAAGAGGUGAAAUGUACUUUACCUCAAAAUUUUCUCUUUAACCUAAAGAUAUCUCUACUUACUUGUCUGCCUGAAAGAGACAUGCUAAGGAUUAAUUAGUUAAUGUUAGUAAAGAGCUUAGAUUAUGAAAAGCACUAGACUGUAUGAAUGCUAUGUAUUAAUUCUUAUUACUACUUCUAUCAGGGUCUGAUUUAAGCAGUUCUCUAGUUUUGAAGUAUUGGCUCUUCCAGUGGAAGAAACCCCCCGAUGUUCUAUGCCUUA